UAAUCCUAUAGAAGUUAGUUACUGCUGGUUAGUUAGCAAAUAGAAAGCUUGACAACGAAAAACAAUGAAUUUAAAUUCAAUUGUUAUAGCGAGUUUUGUUCAAGUUCUAAUUUGUCUCUCCGUUUGCCACCAAACGGGAGCAAUAACCGACAAGGUGCGCAUGUUUUAUCUCGACAAAACUUAUUCGGAAGCUGAGAGAUUUUGCCAACGUUGGAAGGGUAAACGAUCCAGUUUGCUCAGUUUUAAUCAACUUGAUGAAAAUCUGAUAACAAGAUUAAGUCUAGUUGCUGGAAGACGAAGCAAUGGCACUUCUUCUGUGCCAUUGUUUUAUAUUUCACGACCAUCGUUCGACAAGAAUCGGUGCACUGUAUUGAGUCCAAACGACCAAAUCCAGCAGUUUCAAGUAACUAACUGCGAAACAAGACAGCACUUUAUUUGCAUAAAACAUUUGAAAUUAAAACCGGAAGUCAGAGAAAUUGAAAUUGUUGACGGGCCAGUUUCGUUGCCACAAUAUGAAUUAAAAUGUUCCCAUUUUCUGGACGAUCUCGCCCUUGCAAAAGUAGUCCACAGCAAUGGGCGUGUAUGGGGCUGGGAGAUGAAUUAUCCUCAAACAGAAUGGGUUAUAGAAAGGCGCGAACAUUUUGUUCGGCUUCGCCCGCUUUCGUCCGUACAAACGAUUCUGAGUGAAAAUAAAGUAGAGCUUAACGUAACACAUAUGGAUGUAUUUUGGGGCAAGUCAGCAACUGUUGGUUCGAGACAUUCGUUUCAGUCGAGUUACUGGGCAGGAGAGAUCCAAAUAUCACAUGAACAGCAUCCGAAGUUAGGAUUUAUCGGGCUUUCGUUUAUGCUCAGGGAACGUCUUCACCCGAAAAACGACCACUGGGAACCAAUAUUAAGAAAUUUAAUUCAAACUAACUUAAUAAGACCAAGCAAUCGAAUUCAUUUAAAAAUAGAAAAUUUAAUGAAAGCAGGGCCGAACCAGAGAUCCCACAACGUUUUGAAUCAUGCUAUCGGGUACAGGACUUGGACAAGAUGUGGUCACAAUUUUGAUUUUUUUGAAAGAACGUGGCUCGUUCAUACGAUACCAAUAGAAUUAUCAACAAGUCAGUUUUCUGUUUUACGGAAACUUCCAAUAACUACUAGAAACGUGAAGUGAGAAAUGUAAUUUCAAGCAACAUGAAAAUUCGUUACCAAGUACGACGUCACACUGGAUACUUCUGCGUUGAAACAUUCAGUCAGUUCGCCUAAUGAACGGAGGCAUACCGUGUAUUUACAGACUAUGUGAAAAGCACUGUGCACGUCAAUGGAAAGCUAUGGACCGCCCAACGCCAUGGUAAAGGGGUUGGAGCGGCUACCACUACCUCAGAUGAAACCGGUUCGAGGGUCGACGCUGCUACCAAUGUGGGCGCGUUUGUACCUAGGAAAAAACCUUAUUCUAAUUGCUUUAUAUCCG